UUAUCGGGUACUUGUCGAUAAUUCAGUCUCAAUCUUUUGAAGACUCAAACUCUGCAGGUUCUUCCAAUCUGUGUCUCUUUGAUUUUCAUAAUUUAUUUGGAAAUUCCCUUUUUGAUUCUUUUAUUUUUAACCCUACUUUAAAAAAGUAUAUGGAUCUUUGUGUGGUCUAAUUAUUUAUUCAUUGACUGUUCUGCUAUUGGUUUGAUGAUUCAAACCUUUUAAAGCUUUGAAUAGGACGUGAAACACUUUGAUUUUAGGGAAGAGGGUAUUAUUAUUAUUAUGCUCUUCUUUCUCUCUCUAUCAUUUUUGUUGUGAUGGUGAUGAGUCUUUUGACCGAAGAAAAAGGAGAGAAAUCAGUUAAAGUGAAUCAGACUCUAUUAGAGGAGGAGAGAGAAAGGAAACAAGAAGAAAAGACCCACAUUUCUUUGAGUGAUUGUUAAUGAAAGAUGGAAUUUUUUGAUGUAAUGUGCUGCCAUUGAGGGUGAUUCAUUUAGUUUAUUCUUCGCAAGGGUUGUCGCCAAGUGUUUGUGAAAAUGCCUGUGUUUUCAUCAAGGAGAUAUGGAGUUGAUAGCCAGGUUCUAGAUCUAGACACUGCUGUCAAAGAUGGGGUUUUGGGAGGCGGUGGUGGAGUCGGAUUUGGAGGUGGGUUUGCUGACAAAUUGGAUCUCAGCAAGAUGAUUGAGGAGUUGGAUCUGCCCGAUGUUCCAUCUGUGUUCAUUUGCCCAAUUUCACUUGAACCAAUGGAAGACCCGGUUACCCUUUGCACCGGUCAAACCUACGAGCGAUCCAAUAUCUUGAAAUGGUUCAGUAUGGGUCAUUUCACUUGCCCCACUACUAUGCAAGAGCUAUGGGAUGACUCUGUUACUCCAAACAAGACGCUUCACCAGUUAAUUCACACCUGGUUUUCUCAGAAGUACGUGCAAAUGAAGAAGAGAUCCGAAGAUGUACAAGGAAAUGCGUCGGAUAUUUUAGAUACCCUUAAGAAGGUUAAGGGCCAGGCUCGUGUUCAAUCCCUGAAGGAGCUCCGACGAGUAAUUACCGAUCAUGCCACCGUCAGAAAGACGGUGGUUGAUAAAGGAGGAGUGAGUCUUCUCUCAUCCCUUUUGGGUCCUUACACAUCUCAUGCCAUUGGUUCUGAGGUAGUUUCGAUUCUUGUUAAUUUGAGUCUUGAUUCUUCUUCAAGAUUGAAUCUGAUGCAACCUGCAAAGAUCUCAUUGGUGGUGGACAUGUUAAAUGAGGGUUCCAUUGAGACCAAGAUCAAUUGCACCAAAUUGAUCCAAAUCUUGAUGGAAGAAGAGGAUUUUCAAGUUGAAGUUGUAUCUAGCCACAGUUUAUUGGUCGCUUUGAUGAGGCUGGUCAGAGACAAAAGACACCCAAGUGGGAAUUUGCCAGGUCUAAGCCUACUUAAAUCCAUUUGUUCGCAUAAACAAGUGAGAAUCUUGAUUGUUAGCAUUGGAGCUGUUCCUCAAUUAGUAGGAUUAUUGCCUGGAUUGAAUCCCGAAUGUUUGGAAUUAGCACUGUUCAUACUUGAUGCUGUUUCGACUGUAAAAGAAGGUAAACUGGCAUUAAGCAGUUGUUCAAACACCAUACCAAAUAUGGUUAGAGUCUUGAUGAGGGUUUCAGAAAGCUGUACACAACUCGCUUUAUCUAUUCUUUGGUCAAUUUGCAAGCUUUCCCCCGAGGAAUACUCAUCAAUUGCUGUAGAUAUGGGGCUUGCAGCAAAACUACUUCUUGUCAUCCAGAGUGGCUGCGAUCCGUUACUAAAACAGCGGUCAGCUGAACUCUUGAAGCUCUGCAGCUUGAAUUACACAGAUUCAAUCUUUAUCUCCAAGUGCAAGCUUACAAGAACCAUCCGGUGAAAAUUAAGCAUACUACGUUCUCGAAAGCACCAAAAAACAACUCUGAAGAAGGUCCAAUUCUUGUAUAUAGUUGAUUAGCUUCAAUUUGGAGCGAAAGAUGGUGGAGGAGGAAGAGGUCAAGAUUGGGGUUUGCAAUCACACAAUUGUAAUUGACCAGUGCUUGCUAUGCUCCAUUCAGUUUCUUGUUUCAGAUUCUUUUUCAUUAGGAUCACAGGAGUCUCCAAAUGUUCUUUUGGCUUUGUGGAAUUACCAAGAGUAAAAAAAAUCAACUUUUUUCAUCC